AGCAGGAGGCAAGAAGAAAAAUUCAUUUUGCGGCUGAAGAAAAAUCCCAUUGAAUAAAAUGGCCCUGAUGCUGCUCAAUCGGCACGUAACAUGGUCACUGCAACAGAGUUCCAGGAUAUUGGCAGUAGGAUUCCGAGGAAUCAGCCAAGUGGCAGCUAAAAUUGACAUGGAAUUUGGCUAUGAUGGGCCACUGAUGAAGACCGAAGUCCCUGGGCCAAGAUCCAGGGAACUAAUGAAACAGUUGAACAGAAUUCAGAACGCAGAAGCGGUCCACUUUUUCUGCAACUACGAAGAAAGCCGAGGAAAUUAUCUCGUGGAUGUCGAUGGGAACCGGAUGUUAGAUCUCUACUCUCAGAUUUCAUCCAUCCCGAUUGGCUACAGCCACCCAUCUCUGAUCAAAGUUUUGCAGCAGCCCCAGAAUCUGAGUACUUUUGUCAACAGACCUGCCCUAGGAAUUUUGCCUCCAGAAAAUUUUGCUGAAAAGCUAAAGGAAUCUUUGCUUUCGGUUGCUCCUAAAGGUCUCUCUCAAGUCAUAACCAUGUCCUGUGGAUCUUGCUCCAAUGAAAAUGCCUUUAAAACCAUAUUUAUGUGGUACAGGAACAAAGAACGAGGCGACAACAGUGUUACCAAAGAAGAGUUGGAGACCUGCAUGAUUAACCAGCCCCCAGGUUGCCCAGAAUACAGUAUGCUUUCCUUCAUGGGUGCAUUUCACGGAAGAACCAUGGGCUGCUUGGCCACGACGCACUCCAAGGCCAUUCACAAGCUGGACAUCCCGUCUUUUGACUGGCCCAUCGCUCCCUUCCCAAGGCUGCAGUACCCCUUGGAAGACUUUGUGCGAGAAAACCAGCAGGAGGAAGCACGCUGCUUAGAGGAGGUGGAAGAUUUGAUUGUUAAAUACAGGAAAAAGAAUAAAGUGGUUGCGGGAAUUAUUGUGGAACCCAUUCAGUCCGAAGGGGGUGACAAUCACGCAUCAGAUGACUUUUUUAGGAAAUUGAGAAACAUCGCAAGAAAGCACGGCUGCGGUUUCUUGAUAGACGAGGUACAAACGGGAGGCGGAUGUACUGGCAAGUUCUGGGCCCACGAACACUGGGGUCUCGAGGACCCAGCGGACGUCCUGACUUUCAGCAAGAAGAUGAUGACCGGAGGGUUUUUCCACAAGGAUGAAUUCCGGGCGAAUGCGCCAUAUCGGAUAUUUAACACAUGGCUUGGGGACCCUUCCAAGAAUCUCCUGCUAGCAGAGGUCAUUAAUGUCAUCAAAAGGGAGGACCUCCUGGGGAACGUCACCCAUGCCGGGAAGGUCCUAUUGAUGGGGCUGCUGGAAUUACAGAGUCGCUAUCCCCAUCUCAUCAGCCGAGCCCGGGGACGAGGGACGUUCUGCUCCUUUGACACUCCAAAUGACGCAAUUCGGAACAAGCUCAUUGAAAUAGCAAGAAACAAAGGUGUGGUAUUAGGCGGCAGUGGGAACCGAUCGAUCCGUUUCCGACCCACUCUGGUCUUCCGAGACCACCACGCGCAUCUCUUCCUGAACAUCUUCAGCGAUAUUCUGGCAGACUUCAAGUAGCCGAAUCCCACCUUGCACUGAGAGAAGCCAAAUAUCUUCCCAGAAUGUGCUUCUUUUUU